UUCCCUUUCACAGUCGAAAACCCUUGCCACUCUUUUUCUUUCACUGAGACUGAGCCAGUCAUGGAGUGGAACCAACAAACCCUAGAAUUCCUCUCUAACUGCUUUCUCCACACCCUCUCCCCAUCCCCGGAGCCUCGCCGCCGUGCCGAGGCUUUACUUUUGGACGCCUCCCACCGCCCCAACUACGCCUUCGCCGUCCUAUGCCUCGUCGCCGAGCCCUCCGUCGACGAGCAGAUCCGCCAGUCUGCCGCCAUCAACUUCAAGAACCAUCUCCGGCACCGAUGGGCCCCAGCUGACGAAACCACCCCGAUUCUUGAUUCCGAGAAGGAGCCCAUCAAAGCCCUAAUCGUCUCCCUCAUGCUUUCUUCCACUCCCCCAAUCCAAACCCAGCUCAGCGAAGCCCUAGCCAUCAUUGGCAACCACGAUUUCCCCAGAUCAUGGCCCGCCUUGUUACCCGAACUUGUUUCAAGCCUCCACAAGGCGUCCCAGGCCUCCGAUUAUGCCUCCAUUAACGGCAUUCUAGGAACUGCUAACUCCAUCUUUAAGAAAUUUCGAUACCAGUUUAAGACCAAUGAUCUUUUGCUUGAUUUGAAGUAUUCUUUGGAAAAUUUCUCUGCACCGUUAUUGGAAAUUUUCCUCAAAACUGCCGCAUUGAUCGACUCCUCCUCUUCGGCCAUUCCCAAUUCGUUGGGUCCUCUGUUCGAGUCUCAGAGGCUGUGCUGUAGAAUUUUCUAUUCUUUGAAUUUUCAAGACUUGCCCGAGUUUUUCGAGGACCAUAUGAAGGAGUGGAUGACUGAGUUUAGAAAAUACUUAAUUACUAACUAUGCUGUUGCUGUUGCUGCUGAUGGACUUGCUGCUCUUGUGGAUGACCUUCGCGCUGCUGUAUGCGAAAAUAUCAAUCUCUACAUGGAAAAGAACGAAGAGGAGUUCCGAUGCUACUUGAAAGAAUUCGUGUCUGCGGUUUGGAUUUUACUAGGAAACAUGGUGUCCCAAGCAUCAUCAAACCGUGAUCAGCUUGCAAUAACAGCAAUUAAGUUUUUGACCACUGUCAGCACUAGUGUUCACCAUGCUUUGUUUGAGGGUGAGGGAGUGAUACAGCAGAUUUGCCAGAGCAUUGUUAUCCCGAAUGUGAGGUUGAGGGACGAUGACGAGGAACUCUUUGAGAUGAAUUAUGUUGAAUUCAUUAGGAGGGAUAUGGAAGGCAGUGAUCUGGAUACCAGGAGGAGGAUUGCAUGUGAGCUUCUUAAAGGGAUUGCAACAAAUUACAAGAAUCGGGUUGCUAAUUUGGUUUCUAUACAUAUACACAGUCUUGCAAACCCAGUUGCAAACUGGAAGGACAAGGAUUGUGCCAUAUGUUUAGUUGUCUCCCUCGCAACAAAGAAAGCUGGUGGAAAUUCUGUUUCAACAGAUCUGGUUGAUGUUCAGAACUUCUUUGGAUCCGUUAUUGUCCCAGAAUUGCAGAGCCCUGAUGUGAAUGGGUUCCCAAUGCUUAAGGCUGGUGCGCUUAAAUUCUUCACGAUGUUUCGGAAUCAUAUUCCAAAGCAGGCUGCAUUGCAAUUGUUUCCAGAUUUGAUUCGGUUCCUUGGUGCAGAGUCAAAUGUGGUUCACUCUUAUGCUGCAAUCUGUAUUGAAAAGCUUUUGCUUGUCAAGGACGAGGGAGGACGGGCAAGAUUUAAUGCAGAUGAUGUUUCUCCAUUUUUUAUAAGUCUGAGGGACAACCUCUUUAUAGCCAUGAAAUUUCCGGAAUCUGAGGAGAAUCAAUAUGUAAUGAAAUGUAUCAUGCGGGUUCUUGGUGUUGCAGAUGUAAAUGGCGAGAUUGCUGGACGUUGCAUUGAUCGUUUGAAAUCUAUUCUCAGUGAAGUUUGCAGAAACCCUAAAAAUCCAAUCUUUAAUCACUAUCUGUUUGAGUCAGUGGCUAUUCUUGUCAAGCGGGCCUGCGAAAAGGACUCUUCUCUAAUAUCUGCCUUUGAAGGAAGCCUUUUUCCCAGCCUUGAGAUGAUAUUAGUCAAUGAUGUAACUGAGUUCUUUCCUUACGCGUUUCAGUUGCUGGCUCAGCUUGUGGAGUUGAAUAGGCCACCCUUUUCUCCUAGCUACAUGAGGAUUUUUAAGAUCCUUCUUUCACCUGAUUCAUGGAAUAGAGCUUCCAAUGUCCCGGCAUUUGUGCGUCUGCUUCAGGCUUUCCUUCAGAAGGCACCGCAUGAACUCAACCAAGAUGGAAGAAUAGGCCAUGUGCUCGAAAUCUUUGAGAAGCUUGUCUCGCUACCAGGCUCACUUGAACAGGGUUUCUAUGUGCUAAACACUGUUAUUGAGAACCUUGAAUACAGUGUACUUGAACGUUAUAUCUGUCACAUCUGGGAAGUCCUUUUCAAACAAUUGCAACAUUGGCAAACCGUGCAAAGUAGGAAAACAGUAAAGUUAGUCAAGCAUCUGUUGAUAUUGAUGUCACUCUUUAUCAUCAAGCAUGGUUCCAACAAUCUUGUAGAUACAAUUCACCCAAAUUUAUUUAAGUCUGUCUUGGAGAAUGUCUGGAUACCUAAUCUUAAAAAUAUCAGAGGAGCCAUUGAGACCAAGUUGACUUCAGUUGCAUCAACCAGACUCAUAUGUGAAUCUCCCAGGCUUUUGGAUGCUACAGCUGUUGAACAUUGGGGGAAAAUGCUGGAUGGCAUUGUUACACUUCUUUCAGAGGCUGAGCGGGAUAGGAUUGAGGAUGAACGAGAGAUGCCUGAUAUUGAUGAAAAUGUUGGUUAUACCACCACCUUUGUCCGUCUAUAUAAUGCUGGGAAGAAAGAGGAGGACCCUCUAAAAGAUGUAAAGGAUCCAAAAGAAUUUUUGGUUGUUGCAUUGGCAAGGCUCUCUGCUAUUUACCCUGGCAGGUUUCCCCAAAUCAUCUGGCAAUAUCUUAAUUCAGACAAUCAGGCAGCAUUACUUCAUUUCUGCAGCACUUACAAUUGCCAAAUCCUUUGAGUGAUGCAUGCAGAAGCGAAGAGGUAAUUAUGAAAGUGAAAGUUUUGGACCCCCAACCAAUCGCAGGAACGCCUACAUGAUUUGGACAAAAGGUCUUUCAAAAGAGAUUGAAAAACUCCAAUUAGAAGGCUUUUAAAACCAUUGACCUUUUUUUUUUUAAUUGUUUUGAUCAUUGACUUGACGGACCAAAUUUUGGCACUACAGUGAAUUUUGGCUUUACAGUUCUUUUUGUAUUCAAAAUUUUAUUUUUAUUUUAUCAAAAAAAUUGUUUUUUACCUUUUAUUUUUAGAAAACUAAU